ACCAUCUUGGGGUCAAGGUUGAGUUUAGGCGAAACUGCUUCGAAAAGGUUAGUAAUGGAGCGAAAACAUUAUUUUAUGUUUGUCUUUAAAACUCAAAGCGCUUCCUAGACGAUAUCAUUGUGUAUUUUAAGACUUAUUAAUUAGCGUAUAGGCCUGUUUUGUUUCGUGCCACUUCCGCGUUUUCCACUGCGUUGUAUUUAGCGUGAGGUGUGUCAGUUUCAGCGUGGGCGGCUGUAUAACGAAACAAGUUAAAGACAGUGAGUCGGCAUUUUAACUAAGUCUUAUCUUUUAAAUGGACAACAUGGCGUCGGAAUGUACAGGAGCUACCUCAGGCACAAAGAAUGCUGCUGUACAAAGAGACACAAGCAGAGCAGAAGGGCCAGCAGACACAGACAAUGCCAAAACAGCUCCGACAGAUGAAAAAGAAGUCGACGUGUGCCCGUUCUUCCUGGAGGGAAAGUGUCACUUUGGUGUCAGAUGUCGUAUGGCUCACAGCUCAACCCGGCUGAUCUGCGAAGUAACCAGCACCUCGGAUGACCCCGCAGUAGCUAGUGCAGACGCAAUUCUUCCUGAGCAGGAGGACAAACCCGAUGAAGAAAUACAAAAGAAGAAGAAAGCCGACGGAAACAAAACGGCAAAAGCGAAAGAAAAUGAGACCAAAGACGUCAAUAAAAAGCCUCGUAUGCGGACAGCGGACGACGUGAUCUCUCGGAUCCUCUGGGACCCCUCGGCGGACGCGUCCCGAGUCGUCGUGGGCUACGUGGACCGUUUCCUUGGCGUGCUGGAGCGUCCCUUCUGUGAUUUUAACUGGGACACCAACCCGUGUGACUGCGACUACGCCACGGAGUUGGCCCUGCCCAGACACAGGAUCCAGUACUUCACCUACCGAGGGCACCGCGUCUGGGACCGCCACAGCAGGACCGACAGGGUGUUUGGCUCCACUGGUCAGUCUUUGGCUCCCCCCUUUGGAGGGGAAGAGGAAGUCGGAGCAAGAGAGCAACCACCUGAUGACCUCGGCCAGAGAAUGGAGUGUACCCACACCGAGAACAUGCAUUUGCAGGACGCCGAGCACAGUGAGAUGAACGCUCGCAGCUCUGAGUCAGCGGAAGGCGGCCUGGCGUCGACCGGCGUUGCGGAGGAGGCUCCAAAUAGCGCAAAGGCCUCGGCAGAUAAAGGAGGACAGUGUUUGAUAGAUGGAGACACAAAUGAAUGGGAAGAAAGUUCUCAAGGCCAGAAGGAUGUGCAGAUGGAAGAGAACCGCGGUCGUCGUCCCCCUAAAAAGAAACCCACCCACUUCAUCACGUUCCGGGCCAACACUCCCGCCAUCCUGGCCUCUUUCCAGCAACUCCAGGAAGAGGUCAGCGCCCUCCUCCCGUCGUCCGCCCCUCACUGGCAGACCUCGGCCAGCCUCCACGUCACCCUGUGCCUGCUGGUGCUGCGGGGCCCCGCCGAAGUGGAGGCCGCCGUGGACAUCCUUCGACGCUUUGCCCACUUGGACCGCAACCCCCCGGUGGCCGUCGGCUUUCCCGUCAAGCUGAAGCAUUUCAACGGCAGGGUGCUGUACCUGAGCCCCCAGCCUCAGCUUCAACUCCAGCAGCUCAACGGAGGCCUGCAGGAAGCCUACAGGAGCGAGGGCCUGCUCCACAGGGACUCCUACAACCCGCGCUACCAUCUCACCCUGGCCAAGAUCCCGUACGAGGAGGGCCAACGCAUCUUUUAUGGCGUCGGCGACCUGAAGGUGGGCAAAGGUUUACAUUUUGGCCGUUUGCCCGUGAACACCUUGCACCUUUGUGUUGUCGGGGGUGCGGCCGUGGAUGGUUUUUUUGAGACUGUAUGUACAGUAAGUCUUCGAUAAUCGCUAUAGUUCAUGUGGGAUGAAUUCAGGCGCGCACUCUGGACGCUUCAUUAGGUGCCAUCUGCUCGACGCAUUGAGAUCCGAUCCAGGUGCUGUGUCGUAUACAGGGGAUAGUUUUGAUGUGGUAAUAAUCAAUCAUAUCUGGGCGUUUGCUUUUUAUGAUUUUUAACUUUAAUUUUCUUUUUUUUUUUUUAUAAAGGUUUAAUGAAGGGUAGGAAUGCGGAAACGUCAGGUCAGCCGCAUGCAAAUGACAGUUUGUUCAACAGCUCUUAUGUUAAGGUGAGCGGGGUGAAUGAAUGCCUUUUAUUGUGUGUCAAAUGAAUACCUGAAGAAGAAACACCAAAUGUAGCCAGAUCAAUUAUACGGUGACUUUUUGUGUUCUUUUUGAUCAGAACUUUAUAAAAAUCGGAGAAAAGGGAACCUUUUUAUUAUUUUGCUGACGUUUACGGAAGUGGCUUAUGUAUGGAGUCAAACUCGACCGGGAUGGGCAACUUCAAUGAUGGAGGUCAAAAAUUUUCAACGGCGCUACUGGAGGGGGAUAAACAAACUUCUUAACUAGAUGUAUGACAAAAACAUUUUAAAAUGUGAGCAUAUGGCUGUUUUUAUUAAACCCGUGCACAUCACAAUUUUAAUAGAUUUCAUUUUUCAUAAAACAUUUUUCAGCGGAUGCGUUAAAGAGUCAGCCUUCAACAACAAAGAGUUUGAAUGCUCAAACUCUUGUGCAUAAAGACCCCCCC